AAAGGUGCACUUUGAACUUUGAACUUCGUAGCUUUCAAUAAGUUCAAAAGAGGAACGUUCAGAAAAGCAAACGAAUUUCUCAAUUUGUUGCGUUCCGCGUUGAAGUGUUCUUCUGCUGUACGAUUCUCUUUCAAUCCAACUCCACCACCGUACACGGCGGUCGCCGCCUCACUCCGGCCACCUAGGUUUCGCUCCGUUCAGAGAAAGCUUAACUAACUCUUCAAUCGUUCGUUUCUCUCAGCAGCUGAUCACAAUUUACAACAACACACUCUUCUUCUUUUCUUCUUCCUGCUCUCUGGCAUCUUAAUGAUGACACCAGAGCCGUCAAGGGAGUUGGAGAAACUUGAAAUCACUGGUCAUCAUGUUAGGGGGAGUACUGAAUAUGUUAGGCUUGCCAUAUCCGAUGAACCGAGGGUCGCUGAAGCUGAAAUGCUACAGCCUCAAGCUGAAUCAAGAAUUACAUCUUUCAAGUGGUGGAUGAAAGUCUCUAUAUGGGGCUUUAUCAUUGUUAUACUUUCACUUCUUCUAGUCAAAUGGGGAGUACCCUUUGCUUUUGAAAAGGUUCUUUAUCCAGUGAUGGAAUGGGAAGCAACUGCCUUUGGCCGACCAGUUCUCGCCCUUGUACUCAUUGCUUCACUGGCUUUAUUUCCAGUAUUAUUAAUCCCUUCUGGCCCUUCCAUGUGGUUGGCUGGGAUGAUUUUUGGUUAUGGCCUUGGCUUUGUUAUAAUAAUGGUUGGGACAACCAUUGGGAUGGUCCUCCCUUACCUGAUUGGACUUAAGUUCCGUGACCGUAUUCAUCAAUGGUUAGAGAAAUGGCCCCAGAAUGCUGCAAUGAUUAGGCUUGCUGGGGAAGGGAGCUGGUUUCAUCAAUUUCAAGUGGUUGCUCUGUUUCGAACUUCACCUUUUCCCUACACUAUAUUCAAUUAUGCUGUAGUAGUGACAGAUAUGAAGUUCUGGCCCUACUUUUGUGGAUCAGUAGCAGGAAUGGUGCCAGAAGCUUUUAUCUACAUCUACAGUGGUAGAUUAAUAAAGAGUCUGGCUGAUGCACAGUAUGGGAGGCACCACAUGACCACAGUGGAAAUCGUAUACAACAUUAUUUCUUUCAUCAUUGCCGUUAUUACCAUUGUUGGCUUCACUGUUUACGCAAAAAGGACUCUUAAUAAACUCAAAAUAGCAGAGGCCAAUGAAGAAGCUGCCUCUGUUUCUGGGAAUGCUAGUCUUGAGAUGAAGAAGGUUUCCCCUUGAAAUGAAAGGUCUUACAUUACACAUCCAAUUUAUUAUGACAUUAGUGUUCAUACUUAUGUAUCUAAUAUUUGGUUUAGGACUACUUCCUCUCUCCCAAUUUUGAACCCUUUGUAAUUACCGGAAUCAGCAUAUGUGGGAUGGAUAGAUCAUAGAAAUGCAUAAACAGUUUUUCAUUUUCUGUGUAAGCCUAUGCAAUUAAUAA